GGCCUUGCGGAGCGCGGAGUUCUGCUAUGGCUUCCAGCGGCGUCAGCGUGAACACUGCGGCCUCGGCAAAUGAAGCUCCAGAAAUUCCAGACAACGUGGGAGAUUGGCUUCGGGGCGUCUACCGCUUCGCUACGGAUAGGAAUGACUUCCGGAGGAACUUAAUCCUCAAUUUGGGGCUCUUUGCUGCGGGAGUCUGGCUGGCCAGGAAUUUGAGUGACAUUGACCUAAUGGCACCUCAGCCAGGGGUGUAACCAUAAAGGUUAUCUCAGACUUUAUUCAGAUGACUCUAUGUAAGCCCACGCGAGACUAGAAAAUCUUCAAGCGCACAUACCCAGUGCAGGCUAGCCGAUUAAACAGGGCCACCAGAGCAGAAGCCCAGUCCUGGCCCCUGACAUGAGCUCGCCUCCCUGGGUGUAAACCAUAUGCUCCAUGGAAAGCAUAAGGUCUCUAGGAACAGGCUUCUUUUCCCAACACCAAAGAAGACGUCUGCCCUCGCCAAAGCCUUUGAAACAGCUACUCCCACAGGGCACAGCCACCUGGGAUGUCCCAGAGCAAGCUCACCUGAAUCUUUUAAGGUGCAGCCGGAGGACCUGAGGUAGUCUGUAGAUCAUUAACUGCUUUCUAGCUUCACUCAGAACAAGGGGUUUUGGAUUGGAUUUUCGUCGUUUGCCUAUAUGGUUUGGGAAAGUAUAAGACAUAGAUUGUGAGGAGACUCAUUCUUUUCCAGCUAUGGCAGAGAUAAUGACUUGGCAUUCAAUAUGCAUUCUCCUUAUUUCUCAGUAUUUAAACCUCAAUUUUACUUGGGGCAGCAAUGUGACCCUCUUUAAGACUGCAUUUCCCAGCCCCAUGUGCCUGCAUGGUGUGGCUCUGGAAGCCCCAGCUGAAUGAAAGGAAUGAUUGUUUGGUAGUGUUAGGAUGGCUGCUUAAAGGCUGACUCAGUUGUAAGAUGCAUCCUUUGUCCUUUCCACUGUUUGCAACUGCUGGAAUUCCCCUUGGACCAUGAGGCAACCUUAAGGAUGGAAGCCUUGAACUAGGACAGUAAAGCUGAAAGAUGCAAAGAGCUUGGGUCCCCAGUGACCAUGUAGCCACCAAGCCAGACUCAGAAUGUCCUUCAGAAUUCUUUUAUAUAAGAGGGAAAAAAAUUACAUCUCAUUUUAAGUCAUGGUUAUUUAAGUUGACUUACAAACAACCAAACCUACUCCUGAUACAUCCACUUUACAAUUUUUGCAUCAGCAUCUUCCAAAAUUGAUAGGGGUUUAGGACGGUACACACCUGAUCUCCUGGCUUUAUUAAAAGACUAGAACAGAAAGUCACUGCAACAACAUGCACACAGAGUAGAUGCAUACGUUAGGGUUCUACGCCUUUUACAUCUGGGCUUAUAAUUUAAAUCACAACAUGCCAUAUAUAUCACUUAAAAAGCUUUUUGUUUAACUCUAUUUCCUCCUCACAGCUAGUUGUACGCUAUUAAACAGGUUAUUCAAAACUCUGAACCUCAGUUUCCUUUCCUGUGAAACUGGGACUAAUGCAUACAUUUCAGGCUUAGGAAAAAGGUAAGAGGACACAGGAUUACUAAAGGAUCGAGUAUUUAAAUAGAUUUUCCCCCACUGCAUGAUUUGCUUGUGGCCUAUACAAAUAUAUAGAAAAGAAACUUUGUUGGCUUUACAUUUUUAUGGCAUACCUAUUUUCUGAAACAUGUUUAUUGGUAACAGCACACUGCCAGGCAUGCAGGACCAGGCUGACAGGCUGGCCAAAUUCACCCAGUCCAAAGCAGAACCAGUGUUCGAGACUCCAAUUUUGUUUCUAAAGCUACUGAAUUGUGGGUGAAAUGCAUUUCUAAAUUAUAGCAAAUAAACAAUGGAAAUAAAGUUCCCUUAAUUUCCAGAAGCCUUCUCUAGAACCAUUUACUGACUGCUCUGUUAUCAUAUUAAUUAAAUCGGUGAAUGGAUGGGAAUAUAAAAUUAGUUCAUGGUCCACGUUGGUGCCUGCUAAUUGUCUUUGAGCUGUUAAUACCAUGGUCUCAGUGUCUGAAGAGCCUGGCAUCUGAUUCUAGGUCUGUCUGUACCACCUGUGAAAGGUAGUGAAUCACAGCCAGAUGAGGUAUCACGGAGCUUUCUGUGACAACAGGAUGCGGAGCUGGUGCUUCUCAUAAUAGAUUGCAGCAGCUAGACUGCAGCUUUUACUAGGGCUGGCAGUCGUGUUAUGUGAGAACAUGAGCAGAAAGAGAAUUCAAAGAGGGCCCUGGCCUUAUUUUGCAUUCCUAUUCACCAACAGGGUUUUUGAAAAUUAUCGCAGCUAUGCCUGGGAAUCCUGGCAGUGACUUUCACUCUCAGCAGAGGGAGUAUGUGAGCUAAGAUGAAGACAACGUAGACUCUGGCUUUGUUUCCCUAAAAUGAAAUUCACAAAGAAAAAGAAAUUACUGAUUCAAUUGAGAUUGGUCAGUUCUGCCUCCAUUUGAUUAAGCUGGCCACACAGAAAGGUGGAAGAUUGAUAGUUUGGAAAGUUCAUAAGCAGCAGAUCAAUGCAUCAUGUCCCUUCACCAAAGCUUUGUUUCCCUGCUAUUUUCUGAACCUGCCUAGAGAAAUACUGAUAAAUUGGCACAUCUGGCAACCAGAAAAACACAAUCCUUUCUUGCAAAAGUAAAUAAAACUAUUUCUUGACUAAUCCAUCAGGUCUGAAAACGAUGGAGUUAAAGCUGUUAAGGUCCUUCUGCUCCUUAAAAGUGAGAAGCUUUGUGUGAAUCACACAGAUACUGCUGUAAUAAAAUACUUUAAGUCACUGCCUUUAUAUCUCAGUAUGGAACAGGACAGGUGAAUCUAUAGUUAACGAAGUACAGCAUUUCAAUUUUUGUUUUAAAAUGGCAAAAUGAUAUCAGGUGUGGCUUGAUUUUUGUAUUGAUUCUUCAGAGAGAACAGGUUUCUGAUCAUUUACUAUAAAAAAUCUUACGCAAACAUACUAAAAAGGCUGCAAGACUGCUUUUCCCAAAACUUGUAGUCCAAAUUAUCAUACUGCUGCAAACUGAAUUCAGAUCUCUGCAUAAUCCAUGAAUUUUAGCUUCCAAAUCUCUAUAUGCCAAAACCCAUCAGCUUCCAAGUAUUUGCUCUGCAUUUCCUCUGUACACGCUGGGUUAGCAAAAGCAUUAAGUGUUAGCGUGGCAAGAUGGGGGCUAGGGGAGGCUGCAUAAGAUGCCCAUAGAACCAUAUGGAAAAAAUUCCACUUUACAAUUAAAGCCAUGAUAGAGAAAUUCUUCCUUAUGACCCCUUCCAAGAUGUGAACCUUUCAGGCAUGUGAAGAAACAAAUAAACGUAGACAAGAACUAUGAAUCUGCCAGAGCAAUGUACCACAUGACUUGCUUUCUUGGUCUCACUGUACCCAUCCUUAGCAUCACUUCUGACAGACUUUAAAUCUACAAAUUCAGAACAAUAGCACACUUUUCUGAUACCAUAGCUCUCAAACAGGCUCUACCACCUAAAUUUAGAUUAAAUAAAAACUGUCAGACUCUGUAUUCGUGAAUUUAAGCAGGACCCCUCUACACUACAAAGCUAAGGACUCACUCACAUUCUUGGAGUCCUCAUUUCAGGAUCCAUACUUUCAUAUGCCUUCCAAGAUAACAACUUAUGUCAGUCACAGCAUCAAAGGAGGCCCAACUCCUAGGUUUUGUUUUGUUUUUUAAAUAUAAUGUCCAUAUACUUGUUUUCAGGAACAUGGGAGGAAAAAAUCUUUAGAAGAUGCUCUAGAACUGCUCAAUAUUAUUAGUGUUACUUUUGCCUAAA